AUGUCACCCAACCCUGCAAUAGCGACACAGCUCCGGCAGCUCAUCUACUACCACCUCGAUAACGACCUUGCCCAGAACGCGUUCUUCCUCGCUGGGCGACUGCAUGCUUUGGAGCCUCGAAGUCCGGAGGCGUCGCACCUCGUGGCCCUCUGCUGCAUACGGCUAGGAAGAUUAAAAGCCGCCUGCGACUACAGCCGGGACAAGGGUGGGAGAGGGCAGCAUUUAGGAUGCGCAUACGUGUUUGCGCAGGCAUGUUUGGGUCUCGAGCGGUACACCGACGGAAUCGGAGCACUAGACCGAGCGCGCGGACUAUGGGGCGGCAGAAACCACUGGAAUAAGCACUCGGAGAGCUCAAGGCGACACCUACCGGAUGCAGCAGCGGUCAACUGUCUGCUGGGGAAGCUAUGGAGAGCUUACGGUGACACCAAAAAGGCUGUGGACUGCUAUGUUGAGGCUCUCAAGCUCAACCCGUUCAUGUGGGACGCAUUCCUUGACCUCUGCGACAUGGGCAUCGUUAUCCGGCCAUCCAACAUCUUCAAAAUGACACCGGAGAUGAUUGCAUUUCUUACAACAUCCACAGCCUCGAAUGGCAGCCUGGAAGGCUCUCCACCAAAUAUCCCUCUACAACCACAAGUGAACGUCAGCAACCAAAGUCUCGCAACACCUGGAAACGACCCCUUCAACCCAACUGUGCGAAACGUUGGCGAAGUGGGACUCAACCUCGGAGGACCGAAUCUGCUCUCUCGCCUCAAUGGUAGCGUGCCAGCGCCUAACGGAGGCUACGCGCAACUGCAGGAUUGGGAUAGUCCGGCUGUGAACGGAGGCGCACAUGAUGACGACAUUAUGAUGGGAGAGGCCGGCGGCCCCGUCAGUCAUGCGCAGGCGAUGGAGCCGCCACACGCUCCGAUGAGAACGAAGACGAGGCCAUUGCAGCAUCUUGUACCUGGGGGGCCGAGAGAAGCACCAAAGAUGCGGUCAGUUUCGACAAGGAGCAGAAUCAAAACAGGUUCGGAGACUACCGAGACAUCGGAAGGUUCACGACUGGCAAUGCCGAGUAAUCACAAAAGAACGAUAUCCGGCCACGCAUCACAAGCGAGUUCUGCUCUAGAGCUAGAUCCGACCGCAGCACCCCAGCGUCGGAGUGCUCGAAUAUGGGGUCAACUAGCUCGCCCGUCAAGCAGCAAGCUGGCUUCGGCAGUCGCCAAAGAUCCGGAAGCUCAGCAAGCCGGGGAGUUGAAGAAAGCUAGGGCGACGGGGACGAAGGGUCGGUCCGCGACAGGCUCAACUGUGGGACGAGUGGUGAGUGGGAACAGAAAACUAGAGCCUUCGGAUCGAGACGCGAAGGAAUUGCGCCCGCCUAGCGUCGCUUCUGGCAUAUCGACAGCGUCGCAGAGAACUUCAGCACCGCAGGCCGAGCCGCAGCGGGAUCAAGAGGCUUUGCAGUGGCUUCUGGAUCUCUUCGCUAAGCUUGGAAGCGGCUACUACUCUCUGAGCCGAUACCAAUGCCAAGCCGCUCUGCAGACAUUUGCUUCUAUGGCGCCGCAACAGCGAGAAACGCCAUGGGUUUUGGCUCAGAUUGGGAAAGCAUACCACGAACGAAAUGCAUACGCGGAGGCAGAAGAAGUGUUCCAGAGGAUCAAGAAGAUGGCGCCUUCGCGGAUGGAGGACAUGGAAGUCUACUCAACCGUUUUGUGGCACUUGAAGAAAGAGACAGACUUGGCCUACCUCUCACAUGAGUUGAUCGAGGCCGAUCGACUAUGUCCGCAAGCUUGGUGUGCCAUCGGGAACUCAUUCUCGCUUCAACGAGAGCACGAGCGGGCCAUCAAGUGCUUCAAGCGAGCGACGCAGCUAGACCCCAAGUUUGCAUACGCAUUCACACUGCAAGGCCAUGAGCAUAUCGCGAAUGAGGAGUUCGACAAGGCUCUUUACGCUUACAGAUGCGCCAUCUCUGCAGAUCAUCGACACUACAAUGGCUGGUAUGGUCUUGGUCUUGUCUACGAGAGGAUGGGCAAGUACGAAAUUGCAGAGAAGCACUACAAGUCCGCGGCGCAGAUCAACUCAUCCAACUCGGUACUCGUUGUACGCAUAGGAAUGGUCCUCGAAAAGAUGAAGAAGCCCCAAGCGGCACUGAUCCAGUACAGCCAUGCGUGCGAGAUUGAUCCUCGGUCGGCGAUGUCGCGUUUCAAGAAGGCACGAGCGUUGAUGAACCUACAUCAUCCCAAAGAAGCCCUCAGGGAACUCCAAAUCCUGAAGGACAUUGCGCCGGACGAAGCGAACGUGCACUUCACGCUCGGCAGAGUGUACAAGAAGGUGGGCGACAGGGCGUCCGCGCUCCGCCACUUCACGAUUGCGUUGAACCUGGAUCCAAAGGCUGCCUCAUACAUCAAGGAAGCCAUGGAAUCGCUCGAAGAGGACGACGACGACUUUGAUCCCGAGGAAGGGGACGUGUAA